AUGCAAGCCCAUUUUUAAGAGAAGGAAACUCUAGCUGACAUCUUUAGUCAUAUAAAAGAUGUAGAUGAGCAAAUUUUUGGUGUCAUAUUAGAAAAAUUAAGAAAGGAAAAAGUUUAAGACAUCAUUGGAUAUCUUUCAGAUGACGGGAAUCAAAGGCAUUUAGAAUAAUAAAUUUUUGCAAAUAAAAAUAUAUAGAUUUUUGAUAUGUGGUGGAAAUUAGAUGCUGUAACGAAAAACAAGAUUAGAAUUAUAAAUAUUCUCAAAUAAAUGAAAAAUCAUGAUUUUAACAAAAAAGACUAUUCCAAAAAAAAAAAUUAGGAAACCAUACAACAUCUAAUAGAUAGCAUAAAUGAUAAUAGGCAAAUUAUAGAAUUUUUGUAAUUUUUAGUUUACCUUACAUCUAUAGAUUACACAUUAACAUAAUGUGGGUCUAAUUCAUUACAUAUAUUAGUUAAGAUGAAGGUAGACCUUAGAAACAAAAAUUUUGAAAAUAUUAAGAUAAAAAAUACUUCGUUGGUAGGAGCUAAUUUUGCUAAGUGCAAUUUUAGCGGAUCUUAAUUUAAUAAUGUAAACAUAAGUGGAAUAAAUUUUAAUUUGGCGUAGAUGAUCAAUUGUAAAUGGAAGAACAUUAAAGUCCAUGAAUUGAAUAAGUUGGAUGGUCAUAGUAGUUAUGUGAAUUCAGUCUGUUUCUCUCCUGAUGGAAAUACAUUAACUUCUGGUAGUAGAGAUAAGUCUAUCCGUCUAUGGGAUAUCAAAACAGGAUAAUAAAAAGCCAAAUUAGAUGGUCAU